AUGUCGCUGUUCAUCCUCACCGAAACCAGCGCCGGUUAUGCCCUGCUGAAGGCCAAGGACAAGAAGCUCUUCAAGCGCGACCAGCUCCCAGAAGAUGCUUCCACCGCCGAAGGUGUUUCAAACCUUUUCAAGUUGAAGUCUUUCCAGAAGUUCGAAAGUGCCGGUGCAGCUGUUGAGGAGGCUGCUGCCAUCAUCGAGGGCAAGGUUACUCCCCGCCUCGCUUCGCUUUUGGAGGGAAUCAAGGAUGAGAAGAAGGUGUCCCUCGCUGUUGCGGACCCUAAGCUCGGAAAUGCCAUUGGCAAGCUGCCCGGUCUCUCUAUUGAGCUGAUCGCCGAUUCUACUACCGCCGAGGCCUUCCGUGCCAUUCGUGAGCACCUCACUUCUCUCAUCCCCAGCCUGGGCCCCAGUGACAUGUCCACUAUGGCCCUUGGUCUGUCUCACUCCCUCGCCCGUCACAAGCUCAAGUUCUCCCCCGAUAAGAUUGAUACCAUGAUCGUCCAGGCCAUCAACCUUUUGGACGAUAUGGACAAGGAGUUGAACACCUACGCUAUGCGUGUGAAGGAAUGGUACGGCUGGCACUUCCCCGAGUUGGCUAAGAUCCUUAACGACAACAUUGCCUACGCCAAGCUCGUCCUGAAGAUGGGCAUGCGCACCAACUGGGAGACCGUUGAUCUCGCUGAGAUCCUGCCAGAGGAGAUUGAGGGUGCCGUCAAGUCCGCUGCUGACCGCUCCAUGGGUACUGAGAUCAGCGAGGAUGAUCUUGAGAACAUUCAGGCUCUCGCCGACCAGGUUGUUUCCCUGUACGACUACCGCGCCCAGCUUGCUAGCUACCUGACCUCCCGCAUGAACGCUAUUGCUCCUAACCUGACUGCUCUUGUCGGUGACCUUGUUGGUGCCCGUCUGAUCGCCCACGCUGGUAGCUUGACCAGCCUUGCCAAGAGCCCUGCCUCUACUCUCCAGAUUCUUGGUGCCGAGAAGGCCCUCUUCCGUGCUCUGAAGACCAAGCACGACACACCUAAGUACGGUCUGAUCUACCACGCCUCUUUGAUCGGCCAGGCCACCGGCCGCAACAAGGGCAAGAUGGCCCGUGUUCUCGCCGCCAAGGCCUCUCUUGGUCUGCGUGUUGAUGCCCUUGGCGAGUGGGAUGACGAUGUCACUGAGGAGGAGAAGGCUGCUCUCGGUACCGAGGCUCGCUUCAACCUUGAGCGUAAGCUUGCCGGUAUGGAGGGCAAGCCCAUGAAGCCCCGUGGUGUGGCCAUUGCUCCCAACGGCACUGCCCAGCCCCAGAAGUUCGACCUGAAGGAGGCCCGCAAAUACAACCCCGAUGCUGAUGCUCUGGAUACUGAGGCUCCCGCCUCCGCCAAGAAGGAGAAGAAGGAUAAGAAGAAGAAGCUUGUCGAGGAGGUUGACUCAGACGAGGAGAUGGAGGAUGCUGACUCUGACUCUGACUCCGAGUCUGAGGACGACUCAAAGUCCGAGCUCGAGAAGCAGGCCGCCAAGGCCGGCCUCAGCGUCAAGCGUUACCAGCGCAAGCUGGAGCGCGGAGAGAUUACCUUUGAUGCCUCUGGUAACCCCACAUCUGUCAGCAAGAAGGACUUGAAGAAGGCUAAGAAGGAGUCCAAGAAGGCUGACAAGGAAGAUGGCAAGAAGCGCAAGCGCUCCGACGAGGGUGAUGAGAAGAAGGAUAAGAAGAAGAAGAAGAGCAAGGGCGAGUAA